UUGGUUCGCAGUGACCGCACCAGUGUAAACAGCGACAGCGUCAGUGUUUGUACGACUGUAAGUACAGCACACACAGACAUCGCGAUGGCCGAGAGCGAGUGGGACACGGUGACCGUGCUGAGGAAGAAGGGCCCGUCCGCCUCUCAGUCCAAAUCCAAACAGGCGGUCACUGCUGCUCAGAGACGUGGAGGAGAAGUGGAGACCACCAAGAAAUGGUCAGCGGGUCAGAACAAGCAGCACCUGGUGACCAAGAACACGGCCAAACUGGACCGCGAGACGGAGGAGCUCCACCAUCAGCGUGUGCCACUGGAAGUGGGCAAAGUCAUCCAGAAAGGCCGUCAAGACAAGGGUCUGACCCAGAAAGACCUGGCCACUAAAAUCAAUGAGAAACCUCAGAUCAUCGCCGAAUAUGAAAGUGGGAAGGCGAUCCCAAAUAAUCAAGUCAUGGGCAAAAUUGAGAGAGCCAUCGGGUUGAAGCUCCGUGGGAAAGAUAUUGGGCAGCCGCUGGAAGCCAAACCCAAGAAGAAAUGAAGAAAAAAAGCUUUGAAAUCAGCCCAUCUCCAGACGUCCCGUCGUCCUCCUCCUAACCCGGGCUGAUGGCACUGGAGUCUCAGUGCUGCGCUGCACUAACAGUGACGAUGUUCACAAACUCAAAGUGCUUUGAUACAGUUUGGCAGUUCCUUGCUUUGGCUUGAAGUCUUUCUCUUGUGGAGAUUAAACAUUUCAAUCAGCCUGUUUUAUUUGCAGUGAUUUCUAAUGAUUUAAAAGCAUGUUUUGCUCUAUUGUGGCCUUGCCAUGCAUCAACAUGUUUAUGUCUUAGAGAUUCAUCUUUUGAAGGCUUGAAUAAAGUUUUUCAUUGGGUGA